AAGCAGAAGCAGCCGACGCGACCGCGACGCCGCGAAGCCCCACAAGUCCGCCCCUGGACAGGGAUUCAAAUGAAGCCCUCAACAUUUGCAUUUUAGGACACUGGGAGGAUGCCGGUGCACUGCUGAAGUGGUUUCCGCUGUUCUGUUCGACUGAUCUCUGAAACUCGUCCCCUCGCUGACAAGACUGGGAAAGAUCUCAGACAUGGCGAAGGAUUUUGGCCUGUUUGCAGCAUUGCGCAUUCUGUCGGUAUUCCUUGUCCAAACAGCUUAUGUACCUGAUGAAUACUGGCAAAGUUUAGAAGUAGCGCAUUAUUUGUCAUUUGGUUAUGGUUACUUAACCUGGGAAUGGCAAGAAGGCAUUCGUAGUUACCUGUAUCCUCUUGUGUUCACUGGGCUCUAUAAGUUCCUGUCUCUCUUGGGCUUGGAUAACGUCAGCUUUCUGGUGUUGGGUCCUCGGAUCUUGCAAGCUUUGCUGACCGCAUAUGCCGAUGUUGCUAUUCUCUCUUGGAUACGUAAUCCUACGUAUGGUCGCUCACCAUGGGCCAAAAUUACCAUUGUGACGUCAUGGUAUCUGUUUUAUGUUGGCUCUCGCACUCUGUACAACACUGUGGAAGCCGAUCUCAUCGCCAUUGCUCUUUCUCAGUACCCUUGGCCACCAUCAAAAAGCUCAGGAAGCUGCAAAUAUUUGAUUUGGGGAGCCUUAGCCUGCACAAUCAGGCCAACAGCUGCUGUUAACUUGUUGCCACUAUUCAUCUACCAAAUAGCUACAAGCUAUGAGAAACUAAGGAUCAUUCUCAAGAGUAUAAUAAUUGGGUGUUUUGCUUCUGCCUUGGUAUUUUCUGCUGACUCUUACAUCUCCCAGAGCUCAACGUUCAGCCCAAUCAACUUCCUGAAAGCAAAUAUUCUUCGGAAUGUUGCUAGCUUUUAUGGUAAACACCCAGGAUUCUGGUAUUUUACCUCAGGACUUCCCAUGCUACUCGGUGCCCAGCUUUUGCCAUUUUUGUAUGAGGUGUACAAAAUUUUACGUGGGCCACAUCGCCAGACACAUGACAUCCUCAUGAUGUGUGUCUUUUGGCCAACAAUUAUUUUAUACAGCUUACAGCCCCACAAGGAAACUCGCUUCAUUCUUCCACUCCUGCCCAUUGCUCUUUUCUGGUCUGCUGGUGGUCUCAGUCGCUUUGAGAAGAGUGCUCUAAGAGAGAAGUGGGGUAGAGUUCAGAUAGUUGUGGACAAGCUUUCCCGAUUCCUACCAUGGUUGCUGCUACUCUCUGCAGUUGUCCCCUCUUUGUACUUUGGCUUGAUUCACCAAAGAGGUACUGUGGACGUUAUGCCCUGGCUGGCAAACCGAGCUAAAUCUUGUCCUCAGCAGACAAGGAUACUUUUUCUCAUGCCUUGCCACUCAACCCCAUUAUACAGUCACUUGCACAUCAAUGUUCCUACUCGCUUCUUAACGUGUGUACCUGAUCUGCAAAGUGUACCUGACCCAGGGUAUUUGGAUGAAGCAGAUUUGUUUUAUGCUGACCAUGUUUCUUGGCUUGCCAAAAAUUUCCCUGAAUCUAAACCCGAGUUACUGUUUUCCCACAUUGUUCAUUUUGACUCGUUACAAUCAAAACUGGACCCAUUCCUGCGAUGGGGUGGGUACUCUGAGGUGGCUUCAUUUUUCCACACCCAUUUCCCGACUGAACGAGUAGGUGGGCGUGUUGUUGUGCACGAACGUGCAUCCAUCAUGUCAAAAUGUGUGGAAGCAUAAGUGUAAGUUCAUUGUUUAAGACUCAAAGUCUUCUUUUAGGAUUACAAAUUUAAAAAUAAAAUCAUCACUAUAAGUUUACUUAAGGGACCAAAUCAUGAUUUUUAUGACAAUCAUGUGGAAAGUUCAAAUAGAACCUAAGAUUUGUUUGUAUUAUUGUGUUUUCUUUUGCUACUAAUGACAAGAUACACUUAAAGUGUUUUCUAAUUGUUGAUGCAAUGUUUAAUCAAAGUUGUAUUUUAUUUAUAUUGAAUGAACUAAUGAAGGGUAAAUAAAUAUCCAUUCUGUUUUA